GAAGACUGCAGCGUAAAUGUGGCGACCAAGCAAACCUCAACGAAAGAUCCAGUCUUCAGAGUUCCAAACAACAGAAACUAUGAAGGAACUGGCCGGGCCAUCGGCCCUGGAGUCCUGAUGCCCGAGACGCUCAACGCCCACCUCUUCGCUCUGGACCCAACGUUGUGCCGCAGGGAAUGUGUCAAGAUCAGCAGCUGGAAUCUACUGGAGGUGAACCCAAUGACGGUCUACCAAGUGGAGGAGUUCGAAGAGCAGCAGAGGCAGAAGCGAAAGCAGAUGGCCACAGAUCUCCAGGAGGUCUGGGAGAAGAUCAAAGACGAGCUUCAUCAGUCGUGCACAAGCAGCCUCCAAGACUUCCUCAAGAAGAACGGCUUCGGCCAACGUGGCUCCGGGGAGGAGGAAAAAGAGGUGUUCUGGAGAGUUGUGAGCAGGGCAGUGAAGGACGGUGGAGGCAUGUCCUACACCGAACGGGCCACAACCCGAACGCAGUGCAGAAAGCUGACGAAGUUUAUUCGCAUGGUGCAGUUUCUCUUCAAUGAUGCAGUCUCACAAAUGGUGGUGCGUACCACAACGACGAAGUUUCAAGAGCUGCUCGAUGCCUUCGUGGAGGACGUGGAUGCGCAAGAGGCCGCCGCGUUAGCCAUUACGGAAGGGGAAGGCGAGAAGCCUUCCGAGGAAAAGAAGGAAGAGUCCAAGGGCGGAAGGAAGCCCAACUUCAACGUUGAGUGUCUCCUGGAGCACGGCGCCCUGGUCUUCAAGCCCUCCGGAAAGAGAAUCUGGGAUGCCGUGGAGAGUGCUCUGCGGGAUGCUUUGCGAGCAGUGUCUGGCUGCCAUGCAUUCCUACAGGCAGGGGUUUCAACGGCCAUCGGAGGAUGUGAUUUAAUACUUACGGAGGGUAGCCCAGUAUUCCGAAAAAUGUCAGCAGCUUGCCUUGGGUUCAAGUUGGUCAUCCAUGUCCUCAGCACAGAUAAAACCACCGGCUGCUCAGCAGCUGUAGCAGCAGCAGCAGCAGCAGCAGCAGCAGCAACUGUUCAUGGCACGCUGAGUUGA